CUAUGUUUUUGUAGGGUUUUUUUUUAUACAAAGUGCUGAAUUCUCAAUCAAAAAUGGAUGGGAAUUGGCAUAUUGUUGUACAAAUGUGUGUAUUCUGCAGUUAUUCUGCCUAAAAUGCUGUUUAUUAUGUUUUUGUUAAGUUUUUUUAAUACAAAGUGGUGAAUUCCCCACCAAAAAUGAAUGGGAAUUGGCGUAUUAUUGCAUAAAUGUGUGUAUUCUGCUAUUAUUGAUAACUUUGGUCUUAUGUUAUCGGCCUAAAUCCGUUUCUAUUCCACUGAAGAAAGUAACAUUUAUUUAUUUAUUUAUGGAUUAAUAUAUUUGUUUUCACAGUCCUUUAAGAAACACUGAAACGUACAGAUCAACUGUUGAUAUUUCUGCUCUCAGGUUUCCUCUAUGAUUGAGCUGCUCUGUGAGCCGUCACUCUUUCCUUUGUUUCCCUCUCUCAUUUCCUGUGUCUGCUGUUACCAUGGCCACAGUUGCCAAGGAGAGGCAGCCGCGAGAGAAAGGAAACUUAAACCAGAGAUCUUGUAUCCCAUAAUAUUUAAUUCAUCAGCACAGACACCGACGUCUGCAGGUUACAGAGCGGGCCCAAACAAAAGGGAAAGACACAAAAACCUGACGAUUACUCGCAGUUCCUUCAGCUAUUAUGCAUAUUGUGAAUUCCUAAACUGCCAUUCCCUCCUCCACCACUCCUAAAUAAACACACGCAAACAAAACACACUCAAUUUAUCAUUAAACACUUUGCAAAGUAACCGUAUAUUGCUGUAAUCAGACCUUUGUAAAAUAUCUCUACAACUCCACAGCCAUGUAAGUUCACACCUCGCCCUAAAAACAUGCAAUCCUCCUUUUCUGUUUGUUUAUUUUGUUUUUGAGAGAGAGGGCUAAAUUUGGAAGUUAAAAAUGAAUGGGAAUUGGCAUAUUGUUCUAUAAAUGUGCGUAUUUUGGUAUUAUUAUGCCUGAAAUGCUAUUAUACUCUAUUUUUGUUUUUGUUUUUUUAUACAAAACAUUGAAUUCUUGAUCAAAAAUGAAAGGGAAUUGGCAUAUUAUUGCAUAAAUGUGCACAUUUUUAAAUAAUUGUGCCAAAAAAUGCUGUUAUACUGUGUUUUUUUUUUGUUUGUUUUUUCGAGAAAAAGUGAUCAAAUCUCCACCAAAGAUGCAUGGGAAUUGACAUAUUGUUGUAAAAGUGUGUUUAUUUUGACAUUAUUCAGUCUAAAAUACUAUUGUACUGUUUAUAAUUUAUUUUUUGAGAGAGAGAACGUAUUCAAUUCUCCUCCAAAAAUAUGCCUAUUUUGGAAAUAUUGUGUUGAAAAUGCUGUUAUAUUCUGUCUUUUGUUUGUUUCGAGAAAAAGUGUUCAAAUUUCCCCCAAAAGUGCAAGGCAAUUAGAAAAGUGUUGUAGAAGUGCCCAUAUUUUGCCAUUAUUCCACCUAAAUAGCUGUUAUAACCUGUUGUUUGUUUGGUUUUUUUUUUUUGAGAAAAAGUGAUCAAAUCUUCACCAAAGAUGCAUGGGAAUUGACAGAUUGUUGCAGAAGUGUGUGUAUUUUGACAUUAUUCAGUCUAAAAUGAUAUUGUACUGUUUAUAAUUUAUUUUUUGAGAGAGAGAACGUAUUCAAUUCUCCUACAAAAAUGAAUGGGAGUUGGCAUAUUGUUGUAUAAAUGUGCAUUAUACUGUUUUUGUUGUUGUUUUUUUUAUACAAAGUGCUGAAUUCUUGAUCGAAAAUGAUGGAAAUUGGCAUAUUGUUGCAGAAAUGUGUGUAUGUUGCCAUUAUACUGUUAUACCCUGUUGUUUGUUUGUUUUUUUUUUGUUUUUUUUUUAGAAAAAGUGAUCAAAUCUCCACCAAAAGUGCAUGGGAAUUAGAAUAGUGUUGUAGAAGUGUGUGUAUUUUGCCAUUAUUCCACCUAAAUUGCUGGUAAACCCCCUUUUUUAUUUUAUUUUUUUUAAAGUGGUCAAAUCUUCACCAAAGAUGCAUGGGAAUUUGAGAUUAUUGCAAAAGUGUGUGUAUUUUGCCAUUAUUCUACCUUAAUUGCUGUUAUACUGUGUUUUUGUUUCUUUCUUCGAGAAAAAGUGAUCAAAUCUCCACCAAAGAUGCAUGGGAAUUGACAUAUUGUUGCAGAAGUGUGUGUAUUUUGACAUUUAUUCAGUCUAAAAUGUUAUUAUACUGUUAAUUUAUUAUUUGAGACAAAGAGAAGGUUCUGAAUUUGCCACCAAAAUGGACUGGAUUGGCAUUAUGUUGCUGAAGUGUGCGUAUUAUUGCAUCAUUCUGCCCAACAAUCUGUAAUACACUGUUUUUUUUUCUCUUAGUUUUUAGACCAAAAGUGCUAAAUUCACCAAAAAUGGAUGUAAAAUUGGCAUUUUGUUGCAAAAUUGUUGACGUUAUUCUGCCUAAAAUGCUAUUGUACUGUUUUAUUGUUUAUUUACAAUUUUUUGAGAGUGAGAAAUUACUCAAUUCUCCACCAAAAAUGGACUGGAUUGGCAUCAUAUUGCAUUUAUUUUUGCAUUAUUCUGCCUAAAAAUCAUUUAUGCUCUAUUUAUUUGUUUGUUUUUUGAUUGCAAGUGCUAAAUUCUUCACCAAAAUUGGUUGUGAAUUGGCAUAUUGUUGCAAAAGAGUGUGCAUUUUGGCAUGAUUCAUCCUUAGACAUGCCCACAGCAUCCUUUCUUUGUCUUAAACACAACGGGGCGAGCACUCUUCAGCAGCGGCCCUUCAAAAGCAGCUGUAUUUCUGAUGGCCUUUGUGUUAAUUGAUCCUCUCCAGCCCUCCCUCCUCCCCUCUCUCUCUCCGUCUCCCUUUAUAUCCAACCAUCCGCUGUUUUCCUUUCAGGAUGAGAAGCUGGAUCAGGCUGAACACCUGUAAGGGUUAUCAGGACGCCCAAUAGGGGAUCACCAAUCUGAUAAAAGCCAACCAAUCUGUGAAGGUUUUGUUGCAUUGCUUUUGUCUUUAUGCAAGUGGUCUGCAGCACAGCAUUCAUUUUAUUUCCUCUCGAUGAUUGAAAAAGGACUGCAUCUUCACUUCUUUUGGCUUCACCAGGGUCUGAUGACUUUUCUUUUUUUAUUCCAAUGCAUGAAGCCUCGCCAGACUCUAGUGUGGGUUGUUGUUUGACGUUGGAAGUAAUGCAUCAUUGACGGCUGCCAAAUUCACGUCACGGUGUCAGAUUCAAUGACCUGUUUGAGUAAGACAACACCAGACUGGGUUGCAACCGGUGAUAAGGAUAGAUCUUUCUUUACCGUCAAUACAACAAGUCCAUCACACUUUACAGCACUGCCAGACUAACUUCGGAUGUGGUGUUGGUGGAGUUUUGCAUUGAAGUUCAGUCAAUCCCCAUGCAGGGUGAGUUGAGAGAACUGGCAGCAGUGCUCAGAGAUCUUCAAUUAUUCAUCUCCUCAAACAAAGACCAGGAGAAAGUGAGCACAACUGUCUGAAAGACCAAAAGACGGGCUAGAAUGAGGGUGAACAGGACUUUGUUCCAAGAAAUUUGAAAGACAAAACCGAGAGGAACUUUCUAAAGGGACCGACUGAGACCUAUGUCUGAGGAUUGGCAAACGCAACAAGAACGAAGGACAGAAUUGAAAACUAAAAGAAACUCGGAGGAAUUUUUGAGGAGAAGUGAAUAAGACUUUUUAUCAAGGCUGCGGGACAUUAGAAAAUCGUAAUAAAAGUCAAUUUUACGGACUGACCUUGCUGAAAUUGUGACAAGAAAACAAGACAGACUUGAGCAAAACUUUGCACUGGGAUUAUUCACAGACCAACGCAAGGUCUUGUGAGCAUCUUUUAAGAAGGGCUGACCAAGACUACCUACAGAGGACUGGCAAAUGUGUCGACAAGAACAAUACAACUAAACAAAACACUCCUUCAAGACAUUUGAAAUCCAACACCAAGGUCUGACAAGGAACUUUCAAGCGACUUCAUGCGGAGGGUUUGUGAACGUGCCAAGACAAAAUACAAGAACUUUUAAACUAAUCAAGAGUAACUCAUAAAGACUGACCAAGAACUCUUCUUCUACACAAUUAACUUCUUGCAGAGAACUGGCUAACGUGACCGAAGGACAGACAAGAACAUUUAAAGCAAUCAAGAGGGAUUUUCAAGGACUGACCAAGUACUCUUCCUGACCAACCAAAACGAUUAUACCUGGACAAAGAGGCCCUCAAAGACAUUUUAAAUUGAACACCAAGGUCUUGCAGGGAAUUUUUAAGAAACUUCAUGUGGAGGAUUGGCUAAUGUGCUGACACCAAAGGACAAACAAGAACACUUUCUAAUAAUUGGCAAACGUGUCAAUCAUAAAAAUACGACUAACAACUUUCCCUAAAAUUUUAAAUUCAUCAAAAUCUUGCAAGGAAUCUUUGAGUGACUGAACCUUCUUGUGGAGGAUUGGCAUAUGUGUCUAACAGAAGAACUAAACAAAACUCUCCUCCAAGACAUUUGAAAUUCAAGAUCUUGUAAGAAACUUUGAAGAAACGUCUUGCAGAGAAUUGGCUAACAUGCCGAGACCAAAGAACAGAAAAUUUAACUGAUCAAGAGGCAUUUUCAAGGACUGACCAAGAACUCUUCCUGAGAAUUGGCAAGGGCGUUAACUAGAAAAACACGACUAAAAACUCUCCUACAUUCGAAAUUCAAGGUCUUGCAAGUAACUUUCAAUAAACUUCCUUCUGAGAAUUGGCUAACGUGCCAAGAACGAAGGACAGACAAUACAAUUUAAAGCAAACAAAAGUUAUCUUCAAGUACAGACCAAGAUCUGUUCAUGAGAAUUGGCAAAUGUGCCGACCAGAAGAUUAAACCUUGACAAAGCUCUCCUCAAAGGCAUUUUAAAUUGAACACCUUGGUCUUGCAAGGAAUUUUCAAGAAACUUUUCCUGGAGGAUUGGCUAACGUGCUGACAACAAACAAAUUCAAGAAAUCAAGAAUCUUUCGAGUGACGUUCGAGCAUUGGCCCUCCGAUCUCUGUGGGCAAAACCAUCUGAUUCAAUAAUCCACAACUGAACCACUUGCAUAACCCAACUAAACUCUGAGAAUUGACAAAGGUGUCGACCAGAAAACAAAUUCAACACCAAGGAUCCUUCAAGUGACGUCCUGCAGAGCAUUGGCCCUCCGAUCUCUGUGGGCAAAACCAUCUGAUCCGAUUAUCCCCGACUGGACCUUUUGCAAACGUAAAGGUGUCUUCGAGGUUGUGGCCCGAGGAGGCGUGGUACUCAGAGGGAGGCGAGAUGGUAAACACGGGCAUGCAGUUGAUCAGCUUCACCUGUGCUGUAACUGGCUGGAUUAUGGCUAUAGCGGUGACCGCGUUACCCCAAUGGAAGGUCACUGCUUUCAUCGGCAGCAAUAUCCUAACCUCGGAGAUCGUCUGGCAGGGGAUCUGGAUGAACUGCAUCUACCAGACCACCGGGCACAUGCAAUGUAAAACCUACGACUCCAUGUUGGCUCUACCGCCUGAUAUACAAGCUGCACGGGCGCUGAUGUGCAUUGCAAUUUUCUUGGGCUGGUUGUCCUGCACAGUUUCUUGCUGUGGAAUGAAGUGCACCACCUGUGCCGGGGAUGAUCGCCAUGCUAAGGCUGGCAUAGCGUUAUCCGGCGGGGUGCUUUUCAUCCUGACGGGACUUUGCGUCCUGGUGCCAGUUUCCUGGACAGCAAACACUGUGGUGCAGGACUUCUACAACCCCAAUGUCCCGCUCCAGCAUAAACGGGAGCUCGGACAGGCUAUUUACCUGGGCUGGGCGGCGGCGGUGAUCCUCAUGAUCAGUGGUGCCGUUUUAAGCAGCACCUGCCCACAUAUAGAGCGCGGCGGGUACAGGCGCGGGUACAUAGGCCGCAGUUUUGCUAACUCCAGGCCUUCUGCUCCUGAUCCUCCCAAGCCGAUUACCAACAGCACCUUGCCUCUUAAGGAGUAUGUAUGAUUAAAAACCAACUUGAGAUCAAAUUUAAAGGUCCCGUGAAGUUUUUGUAGAUGUUCGAAUCAGUAUGUUAAGUUUCAAGGAUGCCUAUAAACUAGUGCGUAUCAAAUAUUUGCAUUUGGAGCAGUGUUUCUCAACCACGUUUCUGGAGGACUGGCUUGUUUUGGAUGUC